AUUCCUGUCGAUUUUACAACAACGUAAAAUUUUAGAUUUUAUUGAAUUAAAAAUAAUCUUCACGAAUUGUAUAAUAACAUCAUGAAUAGUAUUGGGGAAGAAUGUACCGAAUUAAAGAAAAAAUAUGACGAUUGCUUCAAUAGUUGGUUUUCUGAAAGGUUUUUAAAAGGUGACCAUGACGAUUCCAUUUGUGCUGGUAUAUUUAAAGUUUACCAAGACUGCGUCAAGAAUGCCAUGAAACAGCAAAAUAUAGAUUUCAAAGAAAUUGAUAAGGAUGUACUUGGCACAGAGAGUGAGUACAAAGCACCACCUUCCAGCAGCAGUUGACAAAACUGCUUGAUGUGUGCAUUGCAACUUGCAACUUACCACAAGAUGAUCUUUUGGAAUAAACAAGUGGAUUACAAAUCAGAAAAUAAU